UCCUUAGCGGAGGGAUGCGGGGGCGGGAUUAGAACCCCAAGCCAACUCGCAGUCGCGGAGAGCGCACAUCUUCCUCGGAUUUGGGAGGAACUGCUGGCCUGAUCAUGGACCCUGAAUGCUCCAGGCUCCUCCCAGCUCUCUGUGCUGUUUUAGCAGAUUCCAGACAGCUGGUGGCAGAUGACACCUGCUUGGAGAAACUGCUGGACUGGUUUAAAACAGUGACUGAGGCAGAGUCCAGCCUCCAACUACUACAGGACCAUCCCUGCCUAAUGGAGCUACUGUCCCAUGUGCUGAAGCCACAGGAUGUGAGCCCCAGGGUCCUCUCCUUUGCUCUGCGCCUUGUUGGGGUCUUUGCAGCCCAGGAAGACUGUUUCCAGUACCUUCAGCAGGGGGAGUUGUUGCUGGGGCUCUUUGGGGAGUCAGGUGCCCUCAGCUGGGCAGCCUGGAGCAUCCCCAGUGUGCGCAGCGGCUGGAUCCAGGGCCUGUGCUCCCUGGCACACCACCCCAGCGCCCUGCACUUCCUGGCUGACAGUGGUGCUGUGGACACCAUCUUCUCCUUGCAGGGAGACCCCAGCCUGUUUGUAGCCUCAGCAGCCAGCCAGCUCCUAGUACACAUCCUGGCUCUGUCCAUGCAAGGUGGAGCAUCUGGGUCCCCCAUCCCCAAAGCUGAUGCCUGGCCUGUUUGUGCCCAGAAGAUUGUGAACCAUGUGGAAGAGUCCUUGCAUUCCAAAGCCACCCCACAGGUCACACAGGCCUUGAAUGUCCUGACUACGACCUUUGGGCGCUGCCAUAACCCCUGGACAGGGGCCCUCUGGGAGCGGCUGAGUCCCCCCGUCGCCCACCUGUUUGAGAGAGACCCCAUUCCAGCCGUGCACUCACUCAUGGACCUCCUUCUCAGUGUGGCCAGAUCAGGUGGCUGCAGGGACACGGGGUCUCCUGUGUUCAAUUUUGCAGCCUGUGGCCUGUGGGAAAUGCUGGCCCAGACUCUGAGCCGCCUUAGCCCUACACAAGCUGGGCCUCUCGCUCUGGGGACCCUAAAACUUCAGCACUGUCCCCAGGAACUGAGGACUCAGGCCUUUGGAGUCCUCCUCCAGCCACUGGCCUGUAUCCUGAAAGCUACCACUCAGGCCCCUGGACCUCCAGGCUUGCUGGACGGGGCAGUGGGUAGCUUGCUGACUGUGGAUACACUCUUAUCUUCAAAGUCGGCCUGUGUGGGACUCCUUUGCCAGACUCUGGCUCACCUGGAGGAGCUGCAGAUGCUGCCCCAGUGCCCCUCCCCAUGGCCACAGGUGCCUCUGCUGCGAGCUGCUGUGACUGUAUUGCAUCUCUGCGAUGGCUCGGCGGAUCCUGGCUCCAGUGCUGGAGGCCGCCUCUGUGGGACUCUACGUGGCUGUGUUCGUGUCCAGCGAGCAGCCCUUGACUUCUUGGGGACACUGUCUCAGGGGACCAGCCCCUUGGAGUUGGUGCUAGAGGUAUUUGCUGUCCUCCUGAAGACCCUGGAGAGCCCGGAGUCCAGCCCCAUGGUCCUAAAGAAGGCCUUCCAGGCCACACUCAGAUGGCUCCAGAACCCACACAAGACCCCCAGCAGCUCUGAUCUCAGCCCCGAUGCCCUGCUGUUCCUUGGAGAGCUAUUCCCCAUACUACAGAAGCGUCUGUGCAGCCCGUGUUGGGAGGUGAGGGACUCAGCCCUGGAGUUCCUGACGCAUCUGAUCCGACACUGGGGAGGGCAGGCUGACUUCAGAGAGGUGCUACAUUCCUCAGAAGUACCCACACUUGCCCACCAGCUCCUCCAAGACCCUGAGAGUUAUGUCCGAGCAAGUGCAGUGGGUGCCGCUGGGCAACUCUCCAGCCAGAGUCUGCAGGCCGCUCCCGCCAGCCCUGAGAACCCGCAGGCCCAGCAGGGCCUACUCAUGGACCUCAUGCAUAUCCUGUCCACGGACUCGGAGGGCUUCCCUCGCAGGGCUGUGGUGCGAGUCUUCACGGAGUGGCUGAGAGAUGGCCAUGCUGAUGUGCUUCGAGACACUGAGUGGUUCGUGGCCACUGUUCUCCAGGCAGUAAGCCGGGAUCUGGACUGGGAGGUCCGAGUGCAGGGCUUGGAGCUGGCACGGGUGUUUCUCAUCCAGGGAAUGGGUCAGCCCAGCCUCCACUGUCCCUAUACAGUGGGCCUGCCUGGGGCCACCUCCCCUCGCCCACACCUGGAAUUCUUGCAGACUCUCUGCCGUCUGCCACUCUUUGAGUUUGCCUUUUGUGCCUUGCUUGACUGUGACCGACCAGUGGCCCAAAAGGCCUGUGACCUGCUUCUCUUCUUGAGGGACAAGACUGUUCCCUGCAGUAGCCCUCAGGAGGCUGGGGACAGCCCCAACUUAGCCUCAGUGGAGGCUGCUCUGCAGAGAUGGCGGGAAGGUGAGCAGGCCCAGCCCCUAGGGGACCUGGAGCCUGAGGCCAUGCUAGCCAUCCUCAGGUCCUUAGACCUGGAGGCCCUGCAGGGCAGGCUGGCCAAGAGCAGCGACCAUGUGGAGAAGAGCCCACAGUCCCUGCUGCAGGACAUGCUAGCCACGGUGGGCGUAUUGGAGGAGAAUGAAGCUGACUGCUACUGAGGCGUGUCCCCUCCUGUCCCCGUCUCCAUCCCAUGCCAGCAGGAGGACUCCAGCCCAGGUCAGCCACUCAAGAGACCCUGCAGGGAGUGGAUCAUAAUUCCUACAUUUUAAGCCGGGUAUGAUAACACACCUGUGGCUGCAGAGUUUAGAAGGCUGAGGGAGGAGAAUGGGGAAUUCCCAGCCAGUCUGGACUAGAUAGCAACCCUAUCUCAAGAAAAGUCAAGAAAUCAAAUCAAAACAAAACAAAACAAAAUCUCCACCCUUUGUGUGCAUGUGCAUGCAGACCAGAGGUCAGCCUCAGGUGGUAUUCCUCAGGUGCUGUCCACAUUGUUUUUUGAGAAAAGGUCUCUCACUGGGACUUGGUACUCGAUGAGACUUGCCAGUGAACUCAAGGGAUCCCGCCACACCCUCCUUAGCACUGGGAUUAUAAUACUGCAUCCCCGUACCUGGGUCUGUACGUGGGUGCUGGGAUUUGAACUCAGGUCCUCAUGCUUGCAUGGCAAGCACUUUACCCACUGAACCGUCUCCCCAGGCCCCACAGAAUCCCAGUUUCCAUGUGCUAUUAAAGAAGUGGCUUGUUUUUUGCUCAGAA